AUGUCCCAAAUGCAAGAUAUAAAAGCUAAACAAACAAAAGAUGAAGGUGGAAGCGAAGAUAAACCUUCGGAUAAGAAGACUAAAGUAGAAAAAGGAAGGGAAGAACAGGAAAAGUCUGGGAGUGGGUAUUUAGGAGAAGAAAAGUUGAAUAUGAACAAGCUAACGACGGUCGGAGGAACAGAUAACCAGCAAACGGCAUCUGCUGCUUUAUCGCAACAGCAACAGCCUCAGAAAGCGCCUCCACAAAUUCCACCAUAUAUGGGUUAUUAUAAUGGAGUGAUGCCACCAUUCUAUCAAUCGUUUCCGUAUUCCAAUGUUUCGAAUGCUCCAUAUAAGUAUUACGGACCUAAAGUUAGCCAAACGUAUAGCGGAACUACGACGAAUCAAAUUCCACAAGAAAGUCACCAACCAAACUACCAGACAAUUCAACCGCAACUUCAGGGGCAAUCACAAGCACCCGCUCAGAACCAAUUGCAGCCUUCAGCAAAACAGCCGCAAAUGUCCUCCCAGCAAGUACAGGCACUUCAGGACCAUCAGCAUCACCACCAACAAAUGUCGCUACCACAACAUAAUUCGCCCCAUGGUAUCGGGGUAGAAAAUUUUCAAAUAUCUCAGUAUCAACCCACAAAUACCUUUAAGGUCGGAAGGCCUAAGAAGGCCGAAGACAAAAUCUCGAAGAAUAAAUUCAACUCGAAAUUCAAGACCAAAAGCAUUAAUGACAGGCCUUAUGCGUGCUCAUUUCCAGGAUGUGAUUGGGCAUUUGCAAGGCAGUCUGAUUUAAGAAGACACGCAAAGUCACAUUCAGAACCAAGUUAUCAUUGUCCGUAUUGGAGAAAUGAUCCAACAUGUCAUCGUAAUGGUGGGGCAUUCAACAGAUUGGAUGUUCUUAAGAGACAUUUGAAAUUGGUUCAUUACGUCCAGGAUAAGCACCAAAUAGUUGAUGGUUCUAAAGAAGAUCCUGGGUGGUGCAGGGCAUGUCAAAGAAUGUUUCCCAACUCUAAAACUUUCAUAGAUCAUUGCUUGGAAUGUGCCCAACAGUUAACACCAGCUGAAUGGAAAUCUAAUGAUCCACUGAAACCCGAACAGAACCAUCAAUUAAGCAGCAAUCAUAGUAACCAAGGUAUCCAUAUGUCACACCAGUACAUCUCAAACAAUCCUCAAACCCAUAAUGAUAAUCAAAUCUACCAGAUUUCAGAUAUACCUAAAAUUAACAAUCAGGAUACUAAUAGCAUUUUACAAUCACCACCACCAAACACUGCAAGCUCUGGUAAUAAUGGCCAUGAGAAUUCGUCAAGUGUACAGAAUGAAAAUAAGGAUAAUGAGUCUUUCUUUUUAGAGAAAAUUCCUAGCAAUCCUAAUCAAAACUUUAACGUGUUUAAUAAUGCACCCCAUACAAAUUCAAGCUAUUAA